AUGAAAAUCCUGAUGAUCCACGGAUCUCGCCAAUCGGGGGAACUCUUCCGAGCGAAGCUCCAAGCCCUGGAAAAAAUGAUCCAACGAGCCUUCGGCUCUCCUCAGCUUCCCGGGGCUGAGUUUGUCUACCCGACCGCCCCCUUCUCACUAGGGAGCCCCACUGGCACGUCUGAGUUGCGGAAUCGGCACGGCGCAUGGACCUGGUUCCACUCUGAUUCCAUCGACGGACUUUAUCCCGAGCUAGAAGGUGGCCUGGACUCCAUCGGGUCUGUUCUGAAGGAUUCCGGGCCGUUCGAUGGAGUCGUCGGCUUUAGCGAAGGUGCCGCUGCGGCCGGUAUGGUCGCAUCGCUUUUGGAAGAAAAUAGGAAAGAUGCAUUCGCUCAAUUGGAAGCAGAGGGUGGAAUUCCAUAUCCAGCUAGCUUCGCCACCUUAGACCAUCCCCCCUCAAAUUUGUGGUCAGCAUUUCGGGAUAUGCCGCCUCACACCCGGCUUAUCGCGCCUUCUACAAUCCCUCCCUUCGGACGCCGGCGCUGCACUUUUUGGGAAGCAUGGAUAGUGUCGUUGAUGAAAAUGCAUCAAUGA